AUGGGCGCAAACACGUGGUACAUUCUGCACUGCUUCGUAGGCAUUUGGUUCCUUUCGUUGGGGACCACCACCGAUGGAAAAGAUUUGCCUAGCAGUUUUGAGAAGUGCCAUCGAAGCGAUCCACAGUUCGAUCAGUGUCUUCGGAGUGCGGUCAACGGUGCAAUACGGGCCCUCAAGGAUGGUUUACCAGAGUUCGGUAUCUUGCCGCUAGAACCACUGGCGGUGGAUUCACUGGUGAUUGAGCAAGGUGAACCGUCGUCACCGAUUAAAUUGAAGCAACAUUUUACCAACGUCCGCUUAAGUCACCUUACGGAGUCAACCAUUCUAAAAUAUCGUACCGAUCUGAAAAAACUCAUCAUUAAGGCGGAAGCGAUAACACCGCAGGUACAGUUCGCCGGCAACUACAGCAUGGAUGGUCGGAUAUUGGUGCUGCCCAUCACUGGCAAAGGUUUGGCCAACAUUACGCUACAUCGGUUGAAGACACACCACGAACUUAUUGGAGAGCUUGUCGAGCGGAAUGGCGAACAGUACAUGCACAUUCGCAAAUACCUCGUGCAUUUCGAACCGAAGUUGGUGACGUUCCAGUUUGGGAACCUUUUCAAUGGAGAUGAACGGCUAGGGAAAACUAUGCACCAAGUGCUGAACGAUAACUGGGAGGUUGUGUUUCGGGAGCUGCGCAGUUCGUACGAGGAUACGUUCGGAUACAUUUUCAAAAAGAUUUCCAACCAAAUCUUUCUCAAGGUACCGAUGAAUAAAAUAUUCCUCGAGUAG